AUGAAUGAUUACAUUAGGGUUAAUUGCACGGAGCUUCGGUGGCCGGAGUUGGUUUGUGCGGAGCCCGGAAGUAACUCAAGAGGCCAUUCGCCCCCGUUUCAUAUCGCCAAUGCUUCAAUUACUCAGCUAAAAGCCAUUGAUCUGCUCUUUUUGAUUGACUUCAGUAUUUCGAAAAUAAUGGAAUCAUUGUUGCAACUCGAGACCGCCCUGCGAGCUGUCGUGGAAGAAACUAAGCGACCGAAUGCGGCGGCGGCCUUCGCAUCACUCCGACGAGCAGAUCCAAACAAUGAUCCAGCACUCACAGCAGUGGCCAGUCGUGUAGUUGACCUAGCUUCAGAAGUUACCCAGUUGCUUGAGCCAGCGUAUCUGGCCCUUGCCGAUCACCUAUUCGGUUACCAGCACACACAAUGUCUGGCAGCGGUAGUGGAACUACGAAUUCCGGACUAUCUGGCAUCCGGUCCUCAGACCUUCGAACAAUUAUCCAUUUCGAGUGGCACCAGACGCGACCGGUUGCGUCAGGUCCUCCGCUUAUUGUACAAUAAUGGCGUUUUCUCCUACGACGCGGAGAGUGACUCUGUCCGAAACAAUGAAGCCUCCGAAAUGCUGAAGCAGGAUCAUUGGACUCAAUGGCAUCGGUGGGCGAGUGUGUGCAGCAAGCAAUUUUAUCAGAUGGCCCAGGGGCUUCCUCGCGCCAUGUCGGCUGGUGUAACUCGCUCUCCAGCGCAGGUCCAUUACGAUACAGAUGAAAGCAUGUUCAGCUACCUUGAGCGUAAUGGUACCAUGGUGCAGUUGCGAGAAUGCAUGGGCGCUGCUGCUAUCGCCCAGACCCCCGGCAUGAUCACCGGCUACCCAUGGGCUGAAUUGUCUAAUCACACGUUGUUCGAUCUGGGUGGUGGAGAUGGCUCGUUGAUAGCCGGGCUCCUUCGCGCGAUUCCCACCCUCCAGGGUGGAAUCAUGGAUACGCCUCGGGUCCUUCCUUUUCUCCAAGAAGCAUUUCACCACCCGUCCAGCAAGUACGCUGAUGUGGCCUUGCGCAUCCCUCCGGAACGUGUCAUUGCGGGAGACUUUCUUCAGGAGGUUAUCCCGUCCGAAGCAUAUGUGAUGCGCUGGUGUUUACAUGAUUGGAACGAUGAGCAGGCAUGUCAGAUCCUACGGAACAUCCGCCGGAGCAUCAUCAACAGUCCUGUCAGUCGUCUCAUCGUACUUGAGUCGGUGCUGGCUGACGGCCGAUGGGGACGCAUGUCUCGGUUGGGAGAUAUUAAUGUCAUGGUGACCGCGGAGCAUGGCCAGGAGCGCACCGAGACGCAGUGGAGACAGUUAGCAGCCUGUACAGGCUGGAAGGUAGUCAGUAUUACUCAACUCCCGGGUGCCUGGCCUUCAGCCAUAGAUAUGCGACCUGUGGAGAGGCCGGAAAAUGUGUAA